AUGUAUCCGCUCUUUUACGACCUGAGGGAGGAGCGAUGCGAUCCAGUGUUCAAUCCCUUAUUGCAGUGCUGGACAUAUGCGUGGAUCACCGACGACGGCGACGGAGUAGAAUGGUUGGCCGCCCCCGUCCGGCAGUACCGCUACCGCCAGAGGCAAGCAGCACGCGGCCGAUCUUCUCGAGAACCCUCGACUCGAUCGCCCAGCCCUGCUCGUGAUCGUGACGAGCAGGCGGCCGACAUCGAGGGCGAUGCACUCCGACGCCCGAUCGCCGCCAUGGUGGCGGACGACGCGAUCGAGCGCGACGCAGUGCAGGCGGACGACGCGAUCGAGCACGACGCAGAGCAGGCAGCCAUGCAUGUCGAGGGCGACCAGGCGGACGACGCGAUCGAGCGCGACGCAGAGCAGGCGGCCAUGUAUGUCGAGGGCGACGCAGAGCAGGCGGACGACGCGAUCGAGCACGACGCAGAGCAGGCCGAUGCAGCGGCCACUGUCGAGGGCGACGCAGAGCAGGCGGCCAAGAGUGACGAGGGCAACAGCACAGCAGGCGGCCUUGCGUCGCGCUCUGCAGAGCGCGACGCCGCAGACCACGCCGAUGCAGCGGCCAACGACGAGGCCUUGCUCACGGGCAUCGCGGUGCAGCCAUCGGAGUGGGGUGCGGCCAUCGACGUCGAUGACAGCGCCCCCUUCAUGGAGGCGGCCAUCGACGUCGAGGACAGCGACGCCGACGUCUGA